ACUUUGUGGCUUUGAACCAUUUUAUGAUGAAAGGGGAGAUCAGUACAUGUUUAAGAGAAUCCUGAACUGUGAAUAUGACUUUGUGUCCCCCUGGUGGGAUGAUGUGUCUCUGAAUGCCAAGGAUUUAGUGAAAAAGUUGAUUGUUUUAGACCCCAAGAAACGUCUCACCACUCUACAGGCUUUGCAGCACCCAUGGGUCACAGGGAAGGCAGCAAACUUUGCACAUAUGGACAAUGCACAGAAGAAACUUCAAGAAUUUAAUGCCCGGCGUAAACUUAAGGCUGCAGUAAAAGCUGUGGUGGCAUCUACUCGCCUCGGCAGUGCCAGCGGUCACAGCACGCAUGAUAGUAACAAGCCCAGCCGUAACCCGUCUCCUGUCCACGACAGCAAACCCGAAGAGAAACCCACUCAGGAAGCAGAAGCAGCUCCAGAAGAAAUGUCUUAGGUCGAUGUGCUUCCUUGUUCCAGCUGAGAUCUGUCAUUUCAUACACCAGCUAAUUUGUCAUUCAGCAAGAGAGAUUCGUAAGCUUGGCCUCUCUGGUUCUGCUUUGGGGUGCCAAAUGCACUGGCUGGUGAUCCUACCUUCAAUGCAUGUGACUGCUUAUGAAAAUAGUAAACUGUUCCAUAAGGCAUGUCAUGGAAACAGUGUUAUUUGCAGUAAUACCGGCAGGUGAAAACAUGGGGAUAAAAUAACUACCUACCGUAGUGCAUAUACUUCAUAUACAUCUAUCCAGUGUUUCUAGAUGGCAUUUGAAACAAAAUACUAUAGAAUUUGGUUUUAUGAAAGUAGGUGUCUUCUGUAUGUUGUGAGUUUCUUUGAACUGGUUCUUUCCAGAUACAUAAUCCGGCAUUCGACAAAAUGGAAGGAAAUACCAAAUCAAUGCUUUUAAAACUGAUGUAUGAAAUAAUGCUUUUCAUCUGUAAAAUUCAAAAAUAUUUGGGGAUUUAUAGGCAAAAAA